AUGUCUGAUAUCCAAGAUUUCAAGGUUGAUAUUCCGCGGGAUGAGGUUGAGAGACUGCGUCGGAAACUCCGCGAUACGAGACUGCCCGGGCGGCCUAUUGUACCUGAUGCUGGGGCGAAUUAUGGUCCCGAGUAUUCUUGGGCGGAAAAUCUUUAUCAUUCCUGGAUUGACUCCUUCGACUGGUUCGAAGUUCAAGCGGAGAUGAACAAAGUGCCACAUCACAUCACGACGGUCGAGGACCUUAAGAUCCACUUCGUCCACAAGCGAUCCGAAAACCCCAACGCCAUUCCACUACUCACCAUUCACGGCUGGCCGGGUUCGUUCUGGGAGUUCAGCCAGGUCUGGGAACCUCUCACGCGUCCAAGCAACCCGAGUGAUCCCUCAUUCCAUGUCGUCUCGCCCAGUAUGCCUGGUUUCUGCUGGUCGUCCUGGCCUCCUCGUGCAGGUUGGAAGCUCCAAGACAACGCUCGAGUUUUCGACAAGCUCAUGAACAAGUUGGGCUACAGCCAAUACAUGGUUCAAUGUGGCGACUGGGGCUCGUUUGUUGGUCGCGAGCUGGGUUCAAAAUACACCGAGUCCUGCAAGCUCGUCCAUCUCAACUUCGCCCCGAGUCCGAUGCCAGACGGGGUUGAGUACUCUGAGCGUGAAAAGAAGGUUGCCAAACGGAACGAAGACUGGCUCCAGAACCACAUGGGCUAUGCUGUCUGCAUGCGAUCUCGGCCUCACACCAUCGGAAUUGCAUUGCACGAUAAUCCCAUGGGUAUCUUGAUGUGGGUUGGCGAGAAAUACAACGAGGCAGCCAACCCUGACAAUCAGAUGAAUCCCUUCUGGACGAAGGCUAUCUUGACGACGGCUUCACUUUACUUCUUCACAGGAUGCAUGAUGCCAUCGAUGCUGCCUUACUACGAAAGUCCAACCCAUGACAAGUUCCCCGAGUUUGCACUGAAGGAAGAGAACCGGAUUAAGGUACCCUUCGGAUACACCUCGUUUUACUGGGACACUGAACCGGCUUCGAAGCGGGCGGUCGUGAGGACCGGUAACCUGGUCUUCUACAAAGAAAGGGAUGAUGCCGGCCACUUUGCCGCUCUGGAGCACCCUGAGGGCUUGGUGCAAGAUUUACGGGAAUUGGCUGGACAGGCUUGGGAGGUUAAGCAGGAAACGCAGCAGACUGGAGGAGGCAUCCGUCCGACUUUUCGGCCUGUUGAUUCACGGGUCAGGCAGGAAUACGCACCGUAG